UCUUCUGAGAAAGUUCAGCUCUUCAUCAUCUACAGAAGCUCCUCAGACUCCUCCUGCACUGACAGCCAUGGUUCUCAGUGGAACUCUAAGUGUGUUCCUGCUCUGUCUUCUCUCUCUCUCUCUGAGAGGAACUGAAGCUAUAGAUGUGGACCAGAACACUCUGUCUAAGAUCAUCAGCUACAUUCAGACCAAUUAUGGAUCUGGUACAGAUCAGUUUGCUGUGGCCAUCAGCGUUCCACCUGAAAUGUGUUAUGCUGGUGUGACAGAUGAUCAGAUUAAAUCAGAUUUACUUCCAAAUGAUCCUAGCGAGAACGUGAGGAAUGCCAUGAAUGGUGACGAUAGAGUCUAUAGAGGUGAACGGCUGAUCGGUGCCAAACCAAAACCAAUCCCUGAUAAGCCAGGCAGUAACUACCACGCUGAGUACCUUCUGCUGAUUAAGCCAUCUCCUACAGAUCCACUCAUUAAGGAACUGAUAAGGGACGAAAAGUACAACUGUUUGAUUUUCUACACCUACAACUCUCCCUGUUCGAACACCUGCUCAACACCUGGGAAGCGGUACAGCAUCAUCCCUGCACUCAACAGGUGGUUCAGGAACAACAGAGGCCCUAAAGCUUUUGUUUUCAGACAGGUUUGGAGAGAUGAUUUAUCUGGUCCAAAUGCUACUCAGUGGGAAAAUAACAUAAGGAUAGUGAAUUUCAGAGUGCCGCUGUACCGCUGUGAUAACGCUGGCUGUACUCGCUGUGUGAAUAAUAAUGUGGUUAAUACUCAGUGCACCCCGGACCAGUCGCCAGUCCGUCACAGGACAGACAGACAUAAACAUAAACAGCUGUAA